AAAUUAAAGUUGUCCAUUAAAUGAUAACUCGACUGAUAUUUGAUUAUCGGUUACUAUAACGACCAGGUGAGGCUGGUAUAAAGGUGAAUAAUUUAAAGCGGACAUCAUUAAGAAUUCAUUCAGCCUUCCUUACACAGCUGACUGACUAUUGUCUUCAAAAUGAGGGAAUGUAUCUCUAUACAUAUUGGUCAAGCUGGUGUCCAGAUGGGCAAUGCAUGCUGGGAAUUGUACUGUCUUGAACAUGGUAUACAGCCCGAUGGUCAGAUGCCAAGUGACAAGACCAUUGGUGGUGGUGAUGACUCCUUCAACACUUUCUUCAGUGAAACAGGAGCAGGCAAACAUGUACCUCGAGCUGUAUUUGUUGACCUAGAGCCAACUGUUGUCGAUGAAGUACGCACAGGUACUUAUCGUCAGCUGUUCCACCCGGAGCAGCUAGUGACCGGAAAAGAAGAUGCCGCCAAUAAUUACGCCCGAGGGCAUUACACAAUUGGGAAAGAAAUUGUAGAUUUGGUACUUGAUAGAAUAAGGAAACUGGCUGACCAAUGUACUGGCCUCCAAGGUUUUUUGAUUUUCCAUAGUUUUGGUGGCGGAACUGGUUCAGGAUUUACAUCUCUACUAAUGGAAAGGUUGUCGGUAGAUUAUGGAAAGAAAUCUAAGCUGGAAUUUGCUAUCUACCCAGCACCACAGGUUUCCACUGCAGUUGUUGAACCUUAUAACUCAAUUUUGACAACUCAUACCACACUUGAACACUCAGAUUGUGCUUUUAUGGUUGACAACGAAGCCAUAUAUGACAUCUGUCGUCGUAACCUAGACAUUGAGAGACCAACAUACACCAACUUGAAUCGUCUGAUUGGUCAGAUUGUCAGCUCCAUUACUGCCUCACUCCGUUUUGAUGGUGCUUUGAACGUUGAUCUUACUGAAUUCCAGACCAACUUAGUGCCAUAUCCACGUAUUCAUUUCCCUUUGGCUACUUAUGCCCCUGUUAUUUCUGCUGAGAAGGCAUACCAUGAACAGCUGACAGUUGCAGAAAUAACAAAUGCCUGUUUUGAACCUGCCAAUCAAAUGGUGAAAUGUGACCCACGUCAUGGAAAGUACAUGGCUUGCUGUAUGUUAUACAGAGGAGAUGUUGUACCAAAAGAUGUCAAUGCUGCAAUUGCUACCAUUAAAACAAAGAGAACCAUUCAGUUUGUUGAUUGGUGUCCAACUGGGUUCAAGGUCGGAAUCAACUACCAGCCACCCACUGUUGUUCCAGGAGGAGAUUUAGCUAAAGUCCAAAGAGCUGUAUGCAUGUUGAGUAACACUACUGCUGUUGCUGAAGCCUGGGCACGUCUUGAUCACAAGUUUGAUUUGAUGUAUGCUAAACGUGCCUUUGUUCACUGGUAUGUAGGAGAAGGUAUGGAGGAAGGAGAAUUUUCUGAAGCUCGUGAAGAUUUGGCAGCUUUGGAGAAGGAUUAUGAAGAAGUUGGCGUAGAUUCUGUUGAUGGAGAAGAGGAAGAAGGAGAAGAAGAAUAUUGAAAAAAUUCACGUUUCGAUUUUUUAAAGUUAUUCGAACAUAUACAAAUUAUUAUAACUUACCAUACUUAUCAUGAUUACACAAGUAAUAAUUUUAA